AUGGAAAAAAAAUGUAUAAAGUUAAUAAAAACUGGAGGGAGAUGUCGUGGAUUGAUGGAACCGAUAAUGUUUUUAUUAUUAUUAGCUGACGGAUUGCAAACUAAUGUCUUCAUUGAUAUGAUUCUCUUUCAAACAUGUAGACAAAUACAGGUAGGAAACGAAACGGACUGUAAUAUUAUUCAUACAAAUAGUAGUAGUGAAGAAGCACGAGAGUUAAAUAAAAUUGUUCAGCGGGAUGCAAGUUAUGUAAUUAUGUCGAAAUCACUGAUGACAAGUAUUUUACCCUCAUUUUUAAUAUUAUUCUUGGGGCCGUGGAGUGAUAAAUAUGGCAGAAAACCUCUUUUAAUAACUGGAGCCUUUGUCCCACUGUGUAAAUAUACAAUAUUAUCAAUAUUGAGUACUUUUGAUACAAAUCCAUGGAUGACUUUAAUAGCUUUUCUACCAUCAGCUUUAUUGGGUAACAGUUGCUUAUUAGCAACAAUUUGCUAUAUUUCUGACACAACAGUUCCUGAAAAACGGUCAUGGCGUUUAGCUUGCUUACAAACUUCUUUAAGGGUUGGAUUAUUAAUCGGGACGUUUAUCGGCCCAUUAAUAUUUCAAGAACUCGGUUAUACAUUUUUGUUUAUUAUUGCUGCUUCACUUUCCUUAUUAUCAUUACUAUAUGUAUUAUUCAUGGUACCUGAAUCUAUACAGAAUGAACCUACGGAAAAGUGGGGGAAUCCAUUUGAUUUCUCUUUAGUUAAACAAUUAAUAACAACGUGUACAAAAAAACGAGAUAGUUUAAAUCGUGAAUUGUUGUGGAGUUCUUUACUAGUUUUAUCUUUAAUUAGAAUAAUAGUCGAUGGAACUUUAGAUAUAAAUUAUUUGUUUGCGCAUGCAAAACUUGGUUGGAAUAUCGUGCAGUAUUCAAUGUUCAAUAGUUUUUCUAUGGUUACAUUAAUUAUCGGGACAUUUUGCGGUAUCAAAGUAAUGACAGAUUAUAUAGGUCUUGUCGACAUUACACAGAUCUUAAUAGGAUGUUUGUCAGGUUUCGCAGCAUCAUUAUGUCUUUCUUUCGUUACUGAAUCUUGGCAUAUGUAUUUACACAUUUUUUUAGGAAUUUUAAGUGGUAUUAUAUUACCUACUACACGAUCACUUAUAUCUAAAUCUGCUCCUUCAGAUGAUUUAGGUAUAGAAUUAUAUCUAUUAUAA